UCUCUACUCUCAAGUUUCUCUCUGACUGAUUAUCGCGUGCCGCAUUUUAAUAUAGUGUUACGGUUGCACCUGUGAUGGCACUGUUCAUGCCGCACGAUUUGUGUGUGUGUCGAUAUAUUUCUCGUUUGUAUUCAACAUUUAAAUUGUAAAUUUCCCCUCGCAUUUUCUCAUCGUCGAAACGUCAUAAUAUCGAUUUUGUUAUGAAAUUUUAACGCGACAAUUACGAAAAAAAGUUUAUCAAUGAAAUAAAAUGGGUAUUGUACAUGCUAAGGAACCCUUCGGUAAUUCUUCAGGCAUAGCUCAGUCACCUAAGGAUAAUGAGAAUAAACAUGAUGAAUCACCAACGGGUAACUUUCCAACACUUCUCAAUAAUAAAUCUCGGAUACAAAAAGAAGAAGAAAAUGCGCAAGCAAAACGUAUUGUUUUACAAGCAGUUAAAGCUCGAGUCGAUAAAAUACAUGUGGAUGGACUUAUGCGAACGAAAGACGAUAUAAUCAAGCCACAAGUGAUGGACUUGUUUAAAGCUACAAAUUUCGAAGAUGUUAUUGUACGUGCUUCUAAAGUACGAGAGAAAUUAGAUGCUUUGGGAUGCUUUAGACAAAUCGGAAUUUACGUUGACACCAGUCAAGGUCCUGAAGCCACCCCUGAUGGUGUAGAAGUCACUUUUAAGGUGUCUGAAAUGAAACGCUUAGUCGGUGGUAUUAGUACAAUGGUCGGAAAUAAUGAAGGAUCUCUGAUUAUCGGUGCGAGAGCGCCAAAUCUGUUUGGCAGAGCAGAACGAGUUCAAAUGGAAUAUUCUUACGGUAACAAAAGUUCAAUCAACUUCAAUGUAUCUGCCAUUAAACCAUUUCCACAGAGCUUAUAUAAUGCAGUAUUAAGUGGUACUGUAUUUUGCACGACGCAUGAUUUCCCAUGGUCUGGUUUUAAACAAAACGAUAAGGGAUUACUUUUCGAUAUGGAGUUCAAUCAAACAGGCACUUCUAAACAUAAUGUACAAUAUGAAGCUGCAUUUAGAAACAUAACUUGUUCGAAACAAGCGGCUUUUCAUGUUCGAGAGCAAUGCGGACCGAAUUUGAAAUCCGCGUUAAGAUAUAUUUGGACAAUAGAUAAAAGAGACUCGACUAUAUUUCCUGUUUCUGGCAGUCUCUUGCGAUUAACAACAGAGAUGGCUGGAUUAGGUGGUGACAUAGGUUUCUUAAAAAACGAGCUUAUUAUGCAAAGUAACUGGUCGCCAUUUGAGUUCCUUACAUUCCAACUUGGCCUUCAAUCUGGACUGUUGAGUACAAUCAGUAAUGAUAUGAAAAUAAGCAUUGCUGAUAAUUUCUUCUUGGGUGGACCACUGAAUCUUCGAGGAUUCGAUAUGAGAGGAUGUGGACCGCGUUACAACGGAAAUUCCGUAGGUGGCGACAUGUACUGGGCAGCAGCUUUUCAUGUAUAUACGCCGCUUCCAUUUAGACCUGGUCGUAAUAGUUUUGGGGAUUUAUUUAGACUACACGGUUUUAUAAAUGGCGGCAAUUUGUCCAAUUUCACCUUUACACAUGAUCUUUAUAGUGAAAACAUGAAGAUUUUCACAGAGAACAUCCGCUGUGCCGUCGGCGGAGGAAUUGCAAUGAAACUAGGAAAUGUUGCUCGAAUAGAAUUGAAUUUAAUUGCACCAUUGUUGUUCACGAGGAGCGAUGUGCUCCAACGAUUUCAAUUCGGUAUCGGUGUGCAGUACCUUUGAGCAUCUUGAUAGUUUAUUACAUCUUGUAACACAUCUCUGUAUAAUGGAUUUGGAUAUAUAAAUGAAGGUAGUGAGAUAUACAUGUAAACUUAUUUCUGUUCAUUUGUCUAACGAAAAGAUUCUUGGAGUGUAAAAUAUUCGCAAUAAAGUUAAAUAGUAUUCA